UCCACGUCUAGGGACCCCUUCAUCGACUUCAUGCGCGGGAGAUCUCCUGCUGACGACCGCAAGGAGAUGGACGACGACGACUGGGAGGCCAGCUCAUAGCGCGAGUUCAGUUCGCUUUGGUACACAAGCAUGGCGUCCGAUGCACCGCUCGCGACGGACCACCCCGAGUCCCGCACACUGGCCGUGUCGUUGAAGGCGAUGAAUUUGGGCAGUGUAGGCAGCUGUGGUGGUGGGUUGACGCGGUCGUGGAGGAAGCUGUCUGGGUCGCGUUGUCCCACAGCGCCUUUUUCGCGGCCUCGCUUUGUGUGCCCCCUUCGCUGAUGUCUAGGAUUUCUGCCGAUUCGUCGAUCAGCCCCGCCUUGCAUGAAAGCAGCACCCGCUGGUAUUCAGACGCGUGGAUCUCCAAUUCUCCAGGUUUCGAGGGGAUGAAUGUGGA